AUGACCUUUACCUUCGCUGUGGCAAAUGCACAUUGGUUGGAUCAAACUGAUGCGGUUGCCAGCCACACACAAAAAGGAGUGGAGUUUCUCGAAAGGAUUGGAACAUUUGCCAAAGAAAGGGCUGUUAUAGAAGAGGAAUACGCUGCAAAAUUAAGAACACUUGCAAAGAAAUCACUCGGAAGAAAGAAGGAGGAUGAAGAAGCUGCGAAGAAUUUCACAUACGUAAGAUCAUUCGUGAAUUUGCUUCGAGAGCUGGAAUCGUUAGCUGGGCAACAUGAGGUGGUUGGCGAGAAAAUACGCAAAGAAGUGAUCCCUUUUGUUGUGACGAGAGCUGGAGUACAUCGCGCUCAGAGGAAGCAGUGUCUAGCUGAUCUGCAGGCAAUUCACGCAAAUCUAGCUGGUGCUAUGGAACAUCUUUGCAAGGCACAGAAACACUACGGAAAGUCUUUCAAAGAAGCCGAAGCUGCUUAUCUGAAAUAUGCAAAAGCCGACAAGAACAUGGAAAUAUCUCGGCUGGAUUUGGACAAAGCAAAAAAUAAUGCACAGAUGAGAAGUCAGAUAAGUGAAGAGGCUAAACAAGCUUAUGCUCACGCUUUACAAGGUGCAAAUGAUGCUCAGAAUGCUCACUAUUCGCAACUUCUUCCUGACGCAUUAGCUCGAAUGAGGGUAUCGAUGGUGAUCUGCUCACUGCAGAGUUCUAAUUUUUACCAUUUUUUUCCAGCUAGAUGUCAUGAAGACAUGAGAAAGGCCGUGGAGCAAAUUGAUGCCGUUCAAGACACCGCUAUGGUCGUAGAACAGUUUAAGACUGGUUACACUUUUCCUCCUCCUCUCCAUUUUGAGGAUCUCGGUCGUCCUGACUCUUGCCUCAGUGGAGAGGUUUCACAUGUUGAUUCAACGUUGAAGCGAGGAAUGCUCAGUGGGGGAAAGAAAGACGGUAAAGGAGCUGACGCAAAUGGUGAUUACGGUCAACUUCCUCCGCAGCAACGAAUACGGCGACUUCAUGCAAAACUUGCAGAGUUGGAAAAAGAAAGAGAGAAAAGACAACAGAGCCGGGAAGGAUUGGCAAAAAUGAAGCAGGUUUACACAGAUAAUCCAAAGAUGGGUAAUGCAGCUGACUGCGAGUCCCAGCUUAACCAAUACGAAAAGGAAAUUGAAUCUCUAAACCAACAAAUUUCCAAAUUUCGUCUGUUGCUGGAAGAUGCGCAGUUACAGAGUGGAAACGAUACUCCUCCAUCACUUCGGUCUGGAAGUUCUACUGGAAGUGCUCCACCUGCGCGUCCUCCUCAUCCUCAAACAUCCCAACGCGACAGUUACAGCGAAGAAAGUAUUGCGAGCAGUGACGGUGUUAAUACGCCCAAUCGAAAUAAUGGCGCUCAACCGCGCCGUGAUGAGGUUUAUGAAGAGUGUGCCAUGCCCGCGUUAGGUACAGCCGUUGCCCAAUUUCCCUUCGAAGGCGGCACAGAAGGUACUAUUGGGAUACAAGAAGGCGAAGAAUUAUUGCUCAUCGAACGAGAUGAAGGGGACGGGUGGACGAGAGUUCGACGGUACAUAAUCUAUGUCGCAAUGAUGAUACAAGAUGCAGUAGUGAUUGAUAAUUCUACUGAGGGUUUUGUUCCGUCCAGUUACCUUCAUUGCAAAUGGUAUGCAGCGGAGGACAAUCCGAAUUGCCCGACGACAGAUUUCCGCCUCCAAUAUUGUUUUUGCUUUAUGAUUCUUUAUGCGCGAAGUGGCCAAGCGAUAAUGUUCGAAUCA